AUGGCCGAGGCGACAGGCAGCGGGCGGGCCGAGACAGACAUGAACAUGAAGAACCCGGCCAUUCGGCGGCUGCUGGCAGAGCUGCGUGGCCUCCAGACGCGACCCAAUCCCCGGCUGGUGGCCUAUCCACUGGGCGAUUCGCUCUUCGAGUGGCACUUUUCCAUCCGUGGGCCCGAGGGCACCGCCUUUGACGGCGGCGUCUACCACGGCCGCAUCUACUUUCCGCCGCAGUUUCCCAUGAAGCCGCCCGACUUUGUCUUCCUCACCCCCUCGGGCCGCUUUGCCACAAACGUCAAGAUCUGCCUCUCAAACUCGGGUUACCAUCCAGAGUCGUGGCAACCAUCAUGGAGCGUCGAGACCAUGCUAAUGGCUCUCAUCGCCUUUAUGCCCACAAAGGCAGAGGGCGCCGUCGGUGCUCUCGAGUAUCCCGACGAUCGUCGCCGCGACAUGGCGGCCGCCUCGCUCGCCUACGUCUGCAAGGACUGUGGCCGUGCAAACGCAGAUCUUCUAGAAGAGAUGGAGGCCGUCGAGGCCGCUGCUUCGUCCACCGAUGGUCCUUCUGACGGCUCUUGGGAGCAGCCUUGGGAGCGGGUCGCACGCAAGGAGCGCGAACGUGAUGUCCGCCGCCAGAUCAAGGCCAUGCAGUCGACCGCCCGCGGCCUUAACCAGUGGAUUGCUGUCCUCCUCUUUCUCUUCCUUCUCACCGCUGCCGUCGUCUUCCGGGCCGAUCUUGCCGACUUUGUCCGCCCCUACCGCAGCUCGAACCCACCCGGCAACCCACGCCCGUAGA